AGUUGCCAGAGUAGAAAACACAUUGACGGAUGAGGAGAGUCAGAGGAACAAAUUGGGUAUGGAUGUGAUAUUUGUUCAUGUGACUUAUCCUUUAGCAAAAAAGAUAGUUUCUUUCUAUAGAAGUAAUAUUGAUCAUCCGAACUUGAUCAGUACUCAAGUCAAACAAGACAUUGAUCCAGAAUCCAGUGGUGGGAUGAAUGGUUACAUUUUUGUUUCUAAUAGACCAGUGCAGCCUGCGCAAAUAGAUUCACCAAUUAGUGGCAUGGAUAUGAUUGCUGAUAAUAAAAUCUUGUAA